UUUGUGUUUUUGCUACUUUUUAUUGUUUGCUUUAUAUCUGUACAUUUGCUUUUGUGCUCGCUUCUUUCUUCUUCUUCUUCUUUUGUUUCUUUUGCUUUGGCCUGUGAGUUUUGUGAAGCUCUUUUUGGAAGCUUCAACAAUGGCAGCAGACAUUACCCACCCUCCCAUGGAACAGCUCCAAGACCUUGAAUAUUGCAUAGACUCCAACCCUCCUUGGGCUGAAACCAUCUUAUUAGCAUUUCAAAAUUACAUCCUAGUGCUGGGCACAAGUGUUAUGAUUCCAACAAUGCUCGUCCCUGCAAUGGGUGGAAAUGAUGGGGACAAAGUAAGAGUCAUGCAAACUCUCCUCUUUGUGGCUGGCAUUAAUACACUUCUGCAAGCACUUUUUGGAACCAGGUUGCCAGCGGUUGUUGGAGGGUCCUUUGCUUAUGUCAUUCCCAUAGCUUACAUAGUAAGCGACUCCAAUUUGCAACGGAUUAGUGAUCCUCAUGAAAGAUUUAUACAAACUAUGCGAGCCAUCCAAGGAGCUCUAAUUGUAGCCUCUAGCAUACAAAUAGUCUUGGGUUACAGCCAACUGUGGGGUCUCUUUUCACGAUUCUUCAGUCCUCUUGGUAUGGCACCUGUGGUUGCAUUGGUUGGCUUGGGACUCUUUCAACGAGGAUUUCCUGCAUUGGGCAAUUGUGUGGAAAUUGGCAUACCGACACUGUUGUUGGUCAUUGGAUUGUCACAGUAUUUAAAGCAUGUGAGGCCAUUUAGAGAUGUCCCUAUUUUUGAACGGUUCCCAGUGUUGAUCUGUGUCACAAUCAUGUGGAUAUAUUCCCUCAUCUUGACUGCCAGUGGGGCUUAUCGAGACAAGCCCACUAGAACGCAAAUCAGUUGUCGUACUGACAGAGCAAAUCUUAUAUCUACUGCCCCAUGGUUCAAGUUCCCAUACCCUCUGCAGUGGGGUCCACCGACAUUUUCAGCUGGUCAUUCAUUUGCUAUGAUGUCAGCGGUCCUUGUUUCUAUGGUUGAGUCAACUGGUGCAUACAAGGCAACUUCUAGGUUGGCAAUUGCUACUCCACCUCCUGCUUAUGUAUUGAGCCGGGGUAUUGGUUGGCAGGGAAUAGGAAUCUUGCUCGAUGGUCUUUAUGGAACGGGCACUGGUUCUACUGUUUCUGUGGAAAAUGUUGGCCUCCUUGGAUUAACCCGAGUUGGAAGUCGCAGAGUUAUUCAAAUUUCUUCUGGCUUUAUGAUAUUCUUCUCUAUCCUAGGAAAAUUUGGGGCUGUGUUUGCAUCUAUACCCUUCCCAAUAUUUGCUGCAUUGUACUGUGUUCUCUUUGGCCUUGUGGCUUCUGUUGGGUUAUCAUUUCUUCAAUUCACAAACAUGAACUGUAUGAGAAAUCUCAUUAUUACUGGGCUUUCACUGUUCCUCGGGAUAUCCAUCCCUCAGUUUUUCAAUGAAUAUUGGAAUCCUUCACAGCAAGGUCUUGUUCAUACCGACGCCGGAUGGUUCAAUGCAUUUCUCAAUACCAUAUUCUCUUCUCCGCCAACGGUGGGUUUGAUCGUUGCAGUGUUUCUUGACAACACAUUAGAAGUAGAGAAGUCAAAGAAAGAUAGAGGGAUGCCAUGGUGGGUGAAGUUCAGAACAUUUCGAGGUGAUAACAGAAAUGAAGAGUUCUACACUUUGCCUUUCAAUCUCAACAGGUUUUUCCCACCAACAUAGCGAGUUCAGAGAGUACCAGCAAAACAACCUAAUAUCUCUUGCACGGCAAUUGAAUUAAUCUGAUUAAUCAGUUUUCUUUGGAGCUUGUGUAAAUCCAUGAUCACCAUGAAAAUUGUCUUUGCAAAUUUUCAAGUCCCUGGCAUUUUAUAUUUUGUAGGGCCAAAUCUUGUGACAUGGUCCGGACUAGAAUUGUAGCUCAUCAUUUGAUCCAUGCUUAAGUGAUGCAAUAAGAAAGGAAAUCCAUUCUCUCUA